AUGAUAGGAGGCAAUCAAAUUCUACAGGUGGCGCGUUCUGUUGCCAACGGUGAUGGUGAGUGGGGCGAUGUGCCGCGGUGUGUGCGGGAGGCCAUCGUCCUCGCACUGGCCGGCCCGGACUCCCACACCGCCCAGCAAAUAGACACAACAGCCGCAGCCGAAGAAUUACUGCAACAACAACAUCAUCAUCAUCAACAACAAAAGCGGUACUGUAGUCCUUGGCCACCACCACGUGAGGAGAACCGACUGGCGCCCUCACUGACGGAGGAAGUCAUUCAACGCAGUGUGAGUAGUUUUGAGGAUGCGGCGUGGCUGCGAGAUCAGGCGGUGCGCAGCUUUGCACAGUUCCACAACACCGUGGAAGGACUGCGGGAGGGGAUGCGGCAUCAUCUCCGGGCACUCUGGCGAACAGCCGUGCAGUUGGAUCCCGCGCUGAUGUACAGUGUGCAGCGGCAGUAUAAUCUGCGGCCUGGAGAUGAGAUUCCAGAGAGUGUGCAUGUGAGUGCAGAGACACAGCAACAACUAUUACAUCUUCAGUCCAUGAUAGAGGAAGUCAACAACAGCGUGGAGACAUUACGUGCAGCCUCUGUGCGGUUUGCCGCCAAUUUGCUUAGCGAUGAUGAGAAGAGGGCGAUGGGACUCAAUCCGGCGAAUUUGCGUCCUGAAGAUUUGGACUCACACAAUUCAUCCCGUGGGACUUCCUUGACGACAUUACUACAGCGGCAUGUGAAUAAUGCCCAUGAGAAUAGAGCUGGUGGGAGUGGGGGAGUACCGCGUAUGUUGUUUGAUGAGUUCCGUGGGAAUAGCACGGAGGGAUCAUACCGGCAACCACAGGAACGUUAUGUUGAUGAUCAUCAUCCUCAACCUCAUCAUAAUCGAUCACAAGAGGAAUAUCAUGAUCACAAUCGAUCACGAGAGGAAUACCGUCAUCAUGAUCGAUCCCAAGAGGAAUACCAUCAUCAUAAUCCACAACGGGAAUAUCAUGAUCACAAUCAAUCACGAGAGGAAUAUCAUCAUCAUGAUCGGUCACAAGAGGAAUAUCAUCAACAACACGAUCGAACACAGGAAUAUCACCAUAAUGAACCACCAAGGGAAAGUAACCAUCAUCAACAACAGCAAGAAAGGGAUCGUCAGUAUCAAGAUGAUACAUUCACGCCGAAGCGAAAAAGUUCGGGUCCUCAGCAGUCGUUGAGUGAAUUGCGGCGACGUUACAUGCAGCACAUUGCAUUACUGAAUGAAGCUGCAUUACAUCACAUAUCGGAUAGGACCACUUCACAGGGCCGCCCCUCCAGCAGUUUGCCCAGUAGUUUUCUUUCGAAUAGGGACUCAUUGAUGUAG